AUGGCUGGAGGCGUCUGAGGGGCGGGCGGGCACGGGCAGUGAGGGCAGCGGGGCUGGGACUGGAACAGCCGCCCCGCGGACCUGACCAGCCUCGCCGGCUUCUGCCCGCAAGCCGCAAGCGGGAAGACGGUCGACCAGGCGGCGGCGUGGGCGCCAGACUGGGCGAGGGCGAGAUAGACUUACAUGUGUGGAAAAACAGACCAGAAACACUUCUGAAUUAAGAGCUUGGAUUCUGAAGUGUGGAAAGCACUGAGACCUGAAGAUGAGUGAACUUGACCAGCUGCAGCAGGAGGCCGAGCAACUGAAGAACCAGAUUAGAGAUGCACGUAAAGCAUGUGCAGAUGCGACUUUUCAGAUCACAAACAACAUUGAUCCAGUGGGAAGAAUCCAAAUGCGAACCAGAAGAACGCAGGGGCAUCUGGCCAAGAUUUAUGCCGUGCAUUGGGGCACAGACUCAAGGCUCCUUGUCAGCGCCUCUCAGGAUGGAAAACUCAUCAUCUGGGACAGCUAUACCACAAACAAGGUUCAUGCCAUCCCUCUGUGCUCUUCUUGGGUCAUGACUUGUGCAAACGAUCCUUCUGGGAAUUAUGUGGCCUGUGGUGGCCUGGAUAACAUCUGCUCCAUUUAUAAUCUGAAAACCCGUGAAGGGAAUGUGCAUGUGAGUCGUGAGCUGGCAGGACAUACAGGUUAUCUGUCCUGUUGCCGGUUCCUGGAUGACAGUCAGAUAGUCAUCAGCUCUGGAGACACCACAUGUGCCCUGUGGGACAUUGAGACCGGCCAGCAGACAACGACAUUUACUGGACACACUGGAGAUGUCAUGAGCCUGUCUCUCGCUCCUGACACCAGACUGUUUGUCUCUGGUGCUUGUGAUGCUUCAGCCAAGCUCUGGGAUGUCCGAGAAGGGAUGUGCCGGCAGACCUUUACAGGACAUGAGUCUGACAUCAAUGCCACAUGUUUCUUCCCCAAUGGCAAUGCCUUUGCCACUGGCUCAGACGAUGCUACGUGCAGGCUGUUUGACCUCCGUGCAGACCAGGAGCUCAUGACCUAUUCUCAUGACAACAUUAUCUGCGGGAUCACAUCUGUUUCCUUCUCCAAGAGUGGUCGACUCCUCCUUGCUGGGUACGACGAUUUCAACUGCAAUGUCUGGGAUGCACUCAAAGCUGACAGAGCAGGUGCUUUAGCUGGACAUGACAACCGCGUCAGCUGCUUGGGGGUAACUGAUGAUGGCAUGGCUGUGGCAACAGGGUCCUGGGACAGCUUCCUCAAGAUCUGGAACUAAGGCCAGUAGGUGGAUACCAUGGUGACUGGAAGACCAUUCCAACCAUACUAACGUGGACACCCACACCUCCCCUCAGAACUUCAAAAGGGCAAGAGCUUUUUUCCUUCACUUAUUGCUGAAACCAAGAGCACAACUCCCAUUAAGAGAAGGAUCUCUGUGCUGUAAACUAAAACAAAUUGUGCGUUCCUUUCGGGGCCAUUGUCUUUGUUUUCUUUUUCUUUUUUGUCUUAGGUAAAUUUUAAAAGGAAAUACUACAAUAAAAAUGUUAACCAGAAGGU